AUGACAGAACCAAAGACAGGUGAAAAGGAAAUGGAGAAGGAAGAAUUGUCUCCACUGGAAGGAAGGAGAGAGAAGAAAGCAGCUGAGGGAAAAGUCUUGGAACAAAUAAAAAUCCAGGAGCUCAAGCCUAAAGCAACAAGAAAGGUUCAUCCUCAACCACCAGAAGAACCAGACAAGCACCUGGUUUCAUCCUCAACCACCAGAGAGAACCAGACAAGCACCUGUUAUCUUAAGGAUCAUGUGGUCGAGUUUCCCACAUCAAAGGGCAAGCCCACCAGAGCUCAAAGUGGUGAUGGAAUCAACUCAACUCCUGCCCUGUCAUCAGGUUUGGAAGUGGCCCUAGAUCAGAAGCUGUUUGGUCAACAUGUUGCCUCCAGAGUCGUCCAGAAAGCUGUAACGGGUUUCAUGAACGAUAAAAACCCUAUAAAGCCCCUGGUGCUCUCUCUACAUGGUUGGAGUGGCACAGGGAAGAACUUAGUCAGCCAGUUGAUAGCUGAAAACAUCUACAAGGAGGGCAUGGCCAGCAGUUUUGUCCAUCUGUUUGUGACUUCUACUCACUUACUUCAUUCGAGUCAGCUUGAGAACUACAAGUCUCAGCUGCAGCAGUGGAUCAAAGGCAGCGUCACCAACUGCCCACGUUCCAUGUUCAUCUUUGACGGGAUGCAUCCUGGACUAAUCGACUGUAUAAAGCCCUACCUGGGUUACUACGAAUAUCUGAAUGGGGUCUCGUACCGCCAAGCCAUCUUCAUCUUCCUCAGCAACACUGGAGUACAGCACAUAACACAGGUGGCUCUGGACUUCUGGAAAGCAGGUCGAGACCGAGAGGAGAUAAAGUUGCAUGACUUAGAACCAGCUCUCUCCCUGUCCUUGUUCAACAACAACAAGAAGAGUGGGUUGUGUGGAGAACAAUUCUUCCUCUCCAUUUCCUUUCACCUGUCUUUGGUUCGUCAUGUCCUGCUCAAAGGACCAUUGAAAGAUAGUGGAAUCUGUGUGGGGGAAUGGAUGAGAUGA